AAUGGUUGAGCAGAGCGCGAUCGAUAAGUGAGCAGAAUAAAACCGCGCUGGCAGUUCGAGCCGUCAACUAGUAGCAGCGCGACAGUAGGAAAGUGCGGUCUGUUCGAAUUAGAAAGUGAACGGUACUGUUACAAUAUUGCGUUCUGAGUUUGAUAAUAGUUGUUCUGCAAGAUUAUCAAUUCUUCUAAAGGAGUUAUUUAUUAAAGACAAUAUUCUAAACUGAAUUGUUGUCGCAGUUUGUGAGUGUUAGACCCACCCACGUUACUGAAUAUCGUUUCCCUCCUUCCGUUAUCAAAUUAUAUGAGCCACGAUGGCCUUCAUGAUGCCGGUUGUUAAAAAUGACUACAAUAUCUACAAAUCGAGCCGAUCCAGAAGAAGUUCUGAGUGCUCCAACCCCUCAUCUUGCCGCAGCAGAAAAGUGUCUGAGUGCUCAAAAUCCGAAGGUCCUAGCCUUUCAACCUCGCCCGGCAGCGACUUCAUUGUUGGCAGCCCACACAGGUCUAUUCCCAUGGCAAUGUCAUCCAGGUUAUCCAGGAAUUCCUCCAGGAACUCGCAGUCCAGCCUCCAGUCUCCCAGCAAGUCCACUUCGUCAUCACCACCCAAAUCUGCAUCUUCAUCAUCUCUCAACAAGUUUCAUACCAGAGUGGUGGACAAGCUGAAGAGGUCUCUGAGGAUAAAGGAUUCUAGAGAUGGAGGUUUGUUUGGCCAGGCUCUGACAGCUCAAGGAGGACAUCCUGAGAGGCUGCCCCGGCCGAUGGCGAGGAAGAGUUACUCGUUCAGCGGAAGACCGCGACUCCGGUGCUAGUCCCCGCCCAACGCCACCGCCCGGAGUCCCCGCGUGUCGCUUCCUCUUACCCCGGCACGUCGACGUUCUGGUCGCGCUGGUGAAAUAUUACACACUUGCCUCAUACUUCUGGUCGGACUGUGUGCCAUCCUGCUCAGAUUGCGACUGUGAAUUUAUUUAUUAUUUGUUCAGUGUUUAUGUUUUGUGUCGCACCUAAAAGGAUGUGUUUUGAGGUUUGUAAGUUAAGAUACCCUACUUUAAUUGUUUGUACAUUUAUCUAUGAUAGAAGAAUUACAUGUUGUUGAGUUUACGGUUUUUAAAUUUCUCAAAAUGCUAUCGAUUGUGAUGCUUCAAUUAUUAAGUUUUCAACUGUCAGAUAAAAUCAUGAAAAGUGCAAUAGUGAAAUAUUACACGUUUAAGAUAAGUAAAGAGUAUUGUAAACACAUUCCAUUAAAUUGUGAUAUAAAAAUAUCACGUACUUAAAAAAAAUGUAGAUCCACCAAAGUUUUGUUUCAUUGGAGAAAAGAUAUAAAAGGUAUCAAGAUAUUAUAUAGGCCAACAGAUUUCAAAUUGUUUAUCACUUAACAGUAACAGGCACAUCUUUCAUACAGAAAAGCUGGAUUUUCUGUUUGCUAUAUGUAAAAAUCCACUUACACCACAUUUGAAUAUUGUAUUUUUUUAACAGAUUUAAGAACCGAAAUGUUUUAUAAAAUGAUAGUGAGCAUAUACGAUGGAAGUAUCCAUCUUAGUUUCCUGUUGCUUCUAGAUAUUAAUGUUAAGUUUAAACUGUGAGUGAGAGAGUCGGUAGGCUUAUUAUAAACUUGACACGCUUGAGUACUGAAUGUAAGCCAAAAAUAUUUACUUAGGCCCACUGAAAGUGAAUAUUAUGUACCUUUAUGUGAACAAAUGUUCUCUUAAGAAUGACUGAGUCUAGGUUAGGCUAAAACAGGUAAUUACUUAAUAUAUUAUUAGUGUAGCCUAGGUAUGUGGUUCCACAGUAUUUAUUUAAGUUCAUCCGAGUAUUUCUGUUGAAAGUUUUUUAUUUAUUUUUCUUGUGAUUUUUUCAAACAAAUCCUUAUUAUUCUAAUACUUACUUACUGUGGUGGAAUAAUUACUUCCACCCGAAUAUUGUGCUUUUCUAAUUUCAUUCAUUUGGUGUUAAAUGAGUACCUGUUUCUAGCGAAUGGUAGGUUGCUAGGUAGCCUUUAAUAGUUACCUGAGGUUUGGUGUGUCUGUGAUAUGCAGGUUUAGGAAUAGGUGCUCUGGUUUAAGAAAUUUUAUUUUUGACUUCUGGCUGCAUAAAAAAUAUUUUGUUCAGGAAAUAUACCAAAUAAAAGACAAUUUUAAAUUGAUUUAUUUGUUCAAAUACAUGUACAUCUGAAAUAGCAUCAAAUUUUGUUUUAUCAGUCUAACUUCUCUUAACAUAUUUACAUAGUAAGCAUACAUAGGUAUAAUGUUUUAUUAAUAGUAUUUUUAACUGAAAUCAUAAUGGAGAUUUUUUAGGUUAUCACAUUUUGAAUUAAAUUUAUGUUGCCAGAAGUCAAAUUUCAUGUUCAGCAAUCGGUGUAAUGGCCUUUUUAGCAGAAUAAUAUAUUGCAUGUUGUGGUUCAUACAAUAAGUAAUGUAAGCAAUGUUCAAGCAUUGUAUAUUAAUUAUUAGAUAAAUUGUACCAUAUAUGCACAUAUUAAUGUAUAAACUUUGCUUAAAGCAUACUCUUGUAAAUAAUGUAAGCUAUGAAAUGUAUAUUCUUUGUAAAAUGUACAAUAACGAUUUUUUAGACAGGAAAAUAUUUUUUACUAAAUUAGUUUUGGUAGUACCAUCAGAAAACUUGAAUUUACAUACAUUCCCUCAAUUUCCUUAGUUUGGUUUCAUCUAGUUUCUGUUAAAUUAUUAUAGCGAUAAGGGCAGAGCCUUUGUAUCAGUUACACAGACCAUGGUUUAACUCUGUUAGUCACUCUUCAUUAAGUUUAUAUUUCUGUCAUAUUUUACCUGUUUUCAUCAAUAAAUUUCUUUUAUUAUUUAAA